AUGGUCUCAAGUCCGGUGUCAACAGCCUCUUCAUUCGAUGCACAGAUGAUGCAAGAAGCACUUGAUCUUGCAAUCGAGGACACAUGUCGAGGUUUCGGUCUUCUUUCGCCUUAUACGAAUGAGCAUGACAUACAAGGACUUCCCAAAAUAGACAACGAUGGUUUGGAGGAAAACAGAAAAGACGGUUUGAUGCCAGGCGGUGACGCAGCGUGCGGAAGUUUGACCUACGAUGGAAUUAUAUUUAUGGAAAGAUCGAAGAAAUUCCCUGCAUCCCAUUAUCACAUUGAAGAAAUGAACAAAGGCCCAGCGCUUUCUUACGCAGCGGAGACGUGGGCAGACACCGCUGCCGCGUCUAGGACUUACUACCCACAGAGCCCUCGAGAGAUAUGUCUUCUGGAUGGACCAGCUGAGAGCUCGGCUGGAUGCGGCUCAUGGACCUCGUCAACGUCACUCACGAAAGUUGAGAGCAUCUUGGAUGACAAUGGCGAGAGAACGAUACGAGUGGAAGAGAUGCUGGUGCCCGCACGUGCAGUGAAGACUGGUCAUCUAGUAGACCACGCUCCUCGGCUAGCAAGGAUUCCGUCUCAGUACCAGUUGGAAUCACUAACGGAGGUGUAUGUUUGCGACUAUCCAACAUUGUUCACAAACAGUGCCAAACAGUACUCGGGAGAAAUGGACGUUGAGGCUCUGACUACAGCAUUCGAAACAAAUCAUGUAGCUCGCGAACCUACCGAACUACAUCAAGUGUAUUCCGAAUAUGUCUCUGAGGUUUUAUACUAA